CGAGUGGAUGAAAUGAAAUGAGAUUGGGAAAUGACGCUUAUUCCGUCACCCCGCAUGGCAAAAACGGAAUCAAAUCCCUCCUCAUAAGCCUUAUCUGAUCCCUCCUCUAAAAGCUGCCACGUGACUUCAGUUCCACGUUGCCACGGUGGAACUUUCCUUUAGAUCCCCUGGUGACUUUCGACAUCUUUUGGAGUUCGUGUUUCUGGAGGUGCACAUUCGAGGUCACAAGGAAGGGAAUCAUCCUCAGCGACAUAUAGAUAGCACAAACGAAAACGAUUCAUCUGACAAUAUGAGAGCCCACAAUAUGGUCACGAUGGCCGGCACUGGAGCUCUGAUGCUCGCUGCUUCGGCUGCUGCUGAACAGGCAGUCUUUCAGGCCACCAACAUCAAAGCUCCCUUCAUCGAGCAAUUCACCAGCGACAUUCCUCAAUCUCGAUGGACAGUAUCCAAAGCUACCAAGCAAACACCAGUCGGAGAUGAGAUCAUGUCCUAUGUUGGUACUUGGGCAGUAGAGGAGCCAGAGGUCUAUCCGGGUAUCCGAGGAGAUUUGGGUCUGGUUCUGAAAUCCAAAGCUGCUCACCAUGCCAUCUCCACAUUGUUCCCUGAACCUCUUGACCCCAAGGGAAAGCCCUUGGUCGUCCAAUACGAAGUCAAAUUGCAAAAGGGUCUAGAGUGUGGUGGAGCGUACAUCAAGCUCCUCACGGAUGAACAGGGACAAGGUCUUCGUGCAGGCGAGGAGUACACCGAUGCGACCCCAUUCACCAUCAUGUUCGGCCCAGACAAGUGCGGGGCGACUAACAAGGUUCACUUUAUCUUCCGUCACCAAAACCCAGUCACUGGCGAAUGGGAGGAGAAACACUUGGAGAGACCACCAGCCCCCAAGAUCACCAAGACGACCGCUUUGUACACAUUGAUUGUCAACCCUGACCAGACUUUCAAGAUCCUUAUUAAUGACGAAGUUGCCCGUGAAGGUAGCUUAUUGGAGGACUUCACUCCCGCCGUCAACCCCGCCAAGGAGAUCGACGACCCCACCGAUUCUAAGCCCUCAGACUGGGUCGACAUUGCCGAGAUUGAGGACCCUGACGCCACCAAGCCCGACGACUGGGAUGAGGAGGCCCCAUUGAUGAUCACCGACGCCGCGGCAACCAUGCCAUCUGACUGGUUGGAGAACGAGCCCGACAUGGUCCCUGACCCAGACGCCGAAAAGCCCGAGGAGUGGGAUGACGAGGAGGAUGGUGAUUGGCUCGCCCCCCUAGUCUCCAACCCCAAAUGCGACGAAGUUUCUGGUUGCGGACCGUGGUCUGCCCCCAAGAUCAGGAAUCCCGAAUACAAGGGCAAAUGGACCGCGCCUCGAAUUCCUAACCCCGAGUACAAGGGUGUCUGGGCUCCUAAACAAAUCGCCAACCCAUCAUUCUUCGAGGACAACUCGCCAUCUGACUUUACAAAGAUUGCUGGUAUUGGUAUCGAGCUGUGGACCAUGACUGAGGACAUUCUCUUUGACAACAUUUACGUCGGACACAGCGAGGAGGACGCCAAGGAGUUUGCCAAGACAACCUACCACGUCAAGAAGCCUAUCGAGCAGGCUGCUGAAGGAUCCGUUGAUGAGGACGAGGAGCCAUCAGGACUCGUGGACAAGAUCCGUCUGAGAGUGUACGAAUUCCUCCGUGAGUAUCGAUACUCUUCGAGUGUUGUAGAGCUCAAUCUAGUAGAUCUUGCUCAAUCCGACUACAUGCACGCCAUCAAGACAAUGCCUGAUGUCGCUGCUGGUCUCGCUGCUGUUGCCUUCACCGCUAUUGGCAUGCUGCUCGGAUUGUUCGGUUUCAUCGGCUCCAAGCCAACAGUUGUGAGUGGUUCUUUUUUUCACUGAGUAAGGCUAUCAGCUCACACCAAGCAGGUCAAACAGGCCAAAGCCAAGGUCGUGGAGAAGACCAACGAGGCCAAGGAGAAGGCCACUGAACUCAAAGAGAAAGCCACUGCCACCGCUUCCGCCAUUGCUGAGAAGUCAGAUGAUGAGACGACAGUCAAGAAGCGUGCGACCAGGUCCACAAAGGAGUAAGCGCAAGGCGGCGCGCAUCGAGUCGGUCGGGGUGAAGGGGGAGAGUGAGAAUUUGAACAGCAGGCUCCUACGUUUCGACGUCUGUCGCGCUGUCUCACUCGAUCCCGCACGCUGUCAGCGAUUGAUAGAUUUAUACACCUUUGACUCAGCUAAAAACCACCCAAAAAUGCAUCUUUUUUGCUCGCUGACCAUCAAAAUUCUUCGGCGAUCGCCGCGAAAAUCAUUCUCCCAAAAAAAAAAAAA